CCUCUCCCAAAUAUUUAAUUCAUUUACAAAAAUAAUUUAAAACUAAUUUUUUUUUGGACUUCGGCCCCAAAAAGUGAUGAGCUCCAAAAUUUGGCUUUAUUUCUUCACAGUUGUACACCGGCUCAUUACAUUUCAGCAGCAGUUUCCCUAUUUCAUCACCUUCAACAAAGCUUUAGCGGACCAGUUUGUAGGGAGCUUAAGGUGACAAUGGAAAGCCAGGACAGAGAUGAAAUUCAUAAUUGUGUGAUCAAGCUGAGAGUUAAUCCUCAAAAGCUAAGGGAGAAGGUUUAUAUUGGCUGUGGAGCUGGGUUUGGAGGUGACAGGCCAAUGGCUGCUCUUAAGUUGCUUCAGAGAGUUAAAGAGCUAAACUAUCUAGUACUGGAAUGCCUAGCGGAGCGUACUCUUGCUGAACGGUAUCAGUUUAUGGUGUCUGGUGGCGAUGGUUAUGAUUCUUGGAUUUCGCAUUGGAUGCGUUUGCUUUUACCUUUGGCUAUGGAGAGACGAACUUGCUUAAUUACGAACAUGGGUGCAAUGGAUCCUUGUGGUGCCCAAGAAAAGGUUAGGGAAAUAGCUAGCAGCCUGGGGCUUAGUGUCUCUAUUGCCGUGGCUCAUGAGACUUUUGUCACAGAAUCAGGAUCACCAUCCUCACUCGAGAAAUCAUAUUUAAUGGGAGGCGUAAGAUUCUUGUCUUGCAUGUUCUCUUCAUUAGUAUUUGAUGUUCAAAUAAAAAAAAAAAAAACUUGUAUACUCCUUUUUAUUUUUUUAUUUUUCAAACUUCUGUUGUUACAUGUUAGCCACAUACAGUGUAGUCAAAGGCCAUCUAGGCACUCGCCUAGACUCUUGCCUUCUAGGCAACCACCUGAGCACCUUAAACAGACUGUAAGGCAUUUGAGGCAAGAUUCAGUACCUUGGUUCACUCAGGGUGCUAGUACAAAUCUGGGAGCUGCUCCUAUUGUUGAAUGUUUGGAGAAGUACCAGCCAAACGUGAUAAUAACUUCCCGGGUUGCAGAUGCUUCCUUAUUCUUAGCACCAAUGGUCUAUGAACUAGGUUGGAAUUGGAAUGACCUACAGCAUCUAGCACAGGGGUCUCUGGCUGGCCACCUUCUUGAGUGUGGUUGUCAACUCACAGGGGGGUACUUUAUGCAUCCAGGAGACAAGUAUCGAGACAUAUCUUUCCCUCAGCUCCUAGAUUUGUCACUUCCUUAUGCUGAAAUUUGUUUUGAUGGAAAUGUAUGUGUGGCAAAGGCAGAAGGUAGUGGUGGGGUAUUAAAUGUCAGUACUUGUGCUGAACAACUUCUUUAUGAGGUUGGUGAUCCAGGUGCUUAUGUCACCCCUGAUGUGAUCAUUGAUAUUCGGGAUGUUUCAUUCCACCCAUUGUCAAGCUCUAAGGUUCUAUGCAUUGGGGCAAAACCAUCUGCUGCAUCAGUGCCUGAUAAACUCCUGCGGUUGGUUCCAAAGGACUGUGGAUGGAAAGGAUGGGGAGAGAUAUCCUAUGGAGGAUAUGAAUGUGUUAAACGUGCUCAAGCAGCUGAAUUUCUGGUUAGAUCAUGGAUGGAAGAAGUAUUUCCUGGUGUUGACUGCCGUAUACUUUCUUACAUAAUUGGGCAUGAUAGCCUCAAGGCAACCAGCAUUGAUGAUAAUGCUUCAUUGUUGAAAACCAUUGAAGAUAUUAGGUUACGCAUGGAUGGAUUAUUUGAGUUUAAGGAACAUGCAGUCCAAUUUGCUAGAGAGUUUUCAGCUUUAUAUACAAAUGGACCGGCUGGUGGUGGUGGCAUCAGCACGGGACACAAGAAAGAGAUUGUUCUUCAAAAACAAUUGGUUGAUCGUGAACAUGUUCUAUGGCAAACUGGAGUGAAAGAGUCUCUAAUAAUAGAAUCCUGUGGCCAAGGAGCUGCCGUCGAAAGUCUAACAAAAACACAUGUUUUGCAUGAAUCUGUAUUGCCACCAAAGACACAUGCUGAUACUAGUAACCUUUUCAUGGAUUUACCGUCUCCCAAAAUCAACCACUCUCCUGCUCCAUCUGGCCAGAAGAUUCCACUCUAUGAUGUAGCACAUAGUAGAGCUGGUGACAAAGGAAAUGACUUGAACUUUUCCAUUGUCCCACAUUUUGCUCCAGAUAUUGAGCGGUUGAAGUUGAUCAUAACAUCCCAAUGGGUAAAGGAAGUAGUCUCAACUCUUCUAAAUACCUCCUCAUUUCCUAAUUCAGAUUCCAAUGAUAAGGACAAAUGUGUCGAUGACCAUGUCAAGGUGGAAAUAUAUGAAGUUAAGGGAAUACAAUCUUUGAAUGUUGUGGUACGAAACAUUCUCGAUGGUGGUGUCAACUGCUCUCGAAGGAUUGACCGGCAUGGAAAGACCAUCUCAGAUCUCAUAUUGUGCCAGCGAGUUGUAUUGCCUCCCUAAUAGGGUGGUGCAAGCUACAAUGUAGCACGCUUUGUUCUUAUGGGGUGAACAAUCUGCAGUAUUACCUUUCUUCCCCUCUUAUUUUGAGUAUGUUGUACACAUUACAAUGUUAAAACUUUGUCAUACAAUAAGUGUAAUGGAACUUCGGAGCUGCUAUUUGAAUGUUUAAGUACAUUGGAUCUUGUUUCUGGUAAUCUACCCUAUGCAUAAAAGGGCAAUAAAUUUUUUUUCGGAGU